AUGUCCGCCCCAAAAGUCUGGCUCGUCACUGGUACCUCUUCUGGCCUCGGCUUUGACCUUGCCAAACACAUCCUCUCCAAAGGUGACCGCGUGAUCGCCGCUGGCCGCAACCCUUCCCGCCUCACCGCCCUCAAAGAAGCCGGUGCUGCAACCCUCAAGAUCGACCAGAACGAACCAUUAGACGCCAUCAAGAAGUCUGUCGAGGAGGCGAUUGCCGUCUAUGGCCAUAUCGAUAUCUUUGUUCUGAACGCGGCCUGGGUUGCCUGUGGGACGAUUGAGGAGCGCACACCUGAGGAAACACUGGCGCAGUAUCAUACCAAUGUGUUUGGUGUGCUUAACCUUUGGAGGGCAAUUCUGCCACACAUGAGGGCUCGCAAGGCCGGGAUUAUCGCGACAGUGGGGAGUAUGGGGGCUUCGAAGUUUGACCCUCUUAUUGGAAUCUAUCAUUCGUCUAAGGCUGCAAUUAGGAACCUCUCCCUCACACUUGAUAACGAGAUCUCGCCCUUCGGCAUCAAAACCUGCCUCAUCGAGCCCGGCUACUUCCGCACCAACCUCCUCACCGGCGGCGAGUCCAUCAUACUCCCCAGCACAACUAUCGAGAAGUACCGUGAGAUCAACGAGUCUGUCAAGGGGUUCUUAGCACAGCGAGACGGCAAGCAGCUGGGCGACCCGAAACGGGGAGCGACUGUCAUGUAUGACGUGCUCACGAGCACUGGCAUUGCGGCGGGCAGGGAGAUGCCGAAGACACUGGCGCUGGGUAGCGAUACGGUCGAGCUGGUGACGAGGGAGAACAAUGAAUUUAAUAAGAGGUUGGCAGAGUGGGCGAGUGUUAGUGCAAGCACGGAUUUUCCUCCGAGUGAGAGGUUUUAUUAG